AAGAACAGUUUCUCACCGCAUCAGGGCUGUUGCUCAGACAUACAGCUUUUCUUGUCGCGUAACAUGACAUGCUGAGCCUACAGGUCGAGAGUUUUGCAUAUAUAUAAUGUGGAGAGCUACGAUUCUCUUAACCCAGCUUCCUUUCAUUGACAGAAUGUACUUCUUUGCUUCGCUUCUAUUCUCAGGAGCUGCGAUCGCUGUUGCGCACGCUGAAGAAGCCAAGCGUGACGCAAGUCAGCCCUACUUCAACAUAUAUCAAGGUCCAAAUGAGCAAGAUUCGAUUAUCAAUGAUCCUUCUACUCAACUGGAUUACACCCUGUCUGGGGGAGAGGCAUAUCCCAACCCGUACAUGGCAGACAGACUAGGAACGACUGGCCCUCUUCUGAUUUCGUCCACUAACCUGAUCGAAUCACUGGCUCACUUUGUCCGUGAGAGAGUGCCUGAGCGCACUAUCCACGCAAAAGGCGGAGGUGCUCAUGGUUGGUUUGAAGUGACCACACCUGUGGGUGCGAACUAUUCGAUGGCGAGUGUCUUUUCGGAGGUCGGCAAGCGUACCCCAGUCACUGCCCGGUUUUCUACAAUUGCCGGUAAUCUGGGCAAUGCGGAUACUGUUCGGGAUCUGCGAGGGCUCGCCUUUAAGUUGCGCACAGAAGACGGAAUCUUGGACUGGCCCUUCUUAAACCACCCUGUUUUCUGGAUUCGUGAUCCAGCAAAAUUCCCUCACCUCAGCCGUUCUCAGAAACGCAACCCUCAGACAAACACUGUGGAUUACAAUAAUUUCUGGGAUUACCUUUCCGCGAAUAAUGAAUCAAUCUACCAGGUCAUGCGUACCAUGUCUGACCUCGGGACUCCUUACGGGUUCAGGUAUAUGAGUGGCUGGAGUGGCAAUACAUUCCGCGCUGUGAAGGCAGAUGGCUCGUGGGUUUACAUCAAAACCAUCGCAGUGUCGGAUCAAGGCACCAAGAACAACACUAAUGACGAGGCCAUCGUGCAAGCUGGCGUGAGCCCCGACUUUGGCGUCCAAGAUCUUUAUGACUCCAUUGCAGCUGGAAAUUACCCCAGCUGGACAAUUUACUGGCAAACCAUGACGCCUCAACAAGCCGAGAAUUAUAAAUACAACAUCCUAGACCUGACCAAAGAAUGGCUCGUAGAAGAUGUACCUUACCAGGAAAUUGGUCGAAUCACCCUUGUUCAGAACCCGACUAAUUAUUUCGCAGAGGUUGAACAAAUUGGUUUUGACGUUGCCAACAUGCCUUAUGGUCUCGAACCUUCCGCGGAUCCCAUACUGCAAGCACGAUUGUUCGCUUACUCUGAUGCCCAGCGAUACCGCACUGGAGUUAACGGCAGACAACUCCCAAUCAACUGCCCUCUCAAUCCUGUCGCGAAUUUCUUACGUGAUGGUGCCAUGAACUUCAACAACCAGGGAGAUCGCCCGAACUUUUGGUCGCAGCAAGAUCUUCUUGGGCUUGCUCCUCGGCCGUAUAAUGACGACAACCACACCAUUUGGACUGGCGGCGCUGUCAAGUACCUUAGCACACCCAGCGAGAUAGAUUUCGAUCAACCAAGGAUCUUCUGGAAUGGUCUAUCUGAACGUGAUCAAAACAACUUGAUCUCCAAUGUCAUCUGGCAUCUUGGUCAGGCCAGCGACGUGGCUAUUCGCACCAAGCAGUGCCAGCUCUUUCAGCAUGUGAAUGAGACUUUAGGUCAAGCCAUUGCGAUGGGAGUGAAUGUCACUCUGUAGAUAACAUUACUGCCUUUCCGUCUUUGCAGCUACUUUCAUAUUGGUGGAUCAGAUUUCUUUCUUGGCCAUUUCUAUUUAUUCGUGGAGCUUGACAAACUACAGGGUCCCACCGUUUUACGAUACUGUUGGAGCGGAACAAGGGCGGAAUACUUCCAGGGCGACUAUUAGAAGUUUGCCACUUCUAACAACCUCCCCAAAUCGCGACUAUCGCACAUUUUUUGAUACCUUGUAGUUUUGUAGCUAUAGAGAAAAUA